AGCCUGUUAAGCGAAAGCUUCUUUUAUUUCAUCCAGAACCAUUUGAAACCAUUUGGCACCAUUUGUGUAAACUUAUAUAUCACGCGACAUUUCGACUUGUACGUUACGUUCUUAAUGAAUUUAGAGCUUCUAGAAGCGUUUCAUCAGAACUAUCCAGAGGCUGCAGAUGGUUACCUAGAACGGAUUAAAAAAGAUGAUGGAAGUAAAGACGCUGGCUGCGCCACUUAUGCAAUAACAUUGCAGUUCAAUAGAGUUGGAAGUCUCUUAGCUAUUGGGUGCAAUGAUGGAAGAAUAGAAAUUUGGGACCAUGUCACAAGACGUAUCUCCAAAGUGCUGGUAGCACAUGCACACCCAGUUUGUUCCCUAAGUUGGAGUAGAGACAGCAAAAAGCUUCUUAGUGCUUCGACUGACAAUACAGUCUCUAUUUGGAAUGUACUAUCGAGUGCUUGUGAGCAAACAUUUCAAUUUCCUUGUCCUGUGAUGAAGGUUCAAUUCAAUGCAAGGAAACCAGAUCAACUACUUGUUUGUCCGAUGCGACAUGCCCCAGUAGUUAUCAGUGUUCCAAGUGGUGCCCCAACUAUUAUACAACCAGAAGAUGAAAAUGACCUUAGUAUUGUUGCAUCAUAUGAUCGUCGUGGUCGUUAUAUCUAUACUGGAAACUCAAAAGGCAAAGUUUGUAUAUAUGAAACGAAAGAUUUCCAGUUGAUCAGCUCAUUUAAAUCAACGUCAGCAGCGAAUGCUGCCAUUAAAUCGAUAGAAUUUGCUAGACGUGGGGAAUAUUUCCUACUUAAUUGUGCUGAUCGAGUUAUUCGAGUGUAUAACUGUGAAGAUGCAUUAAACGCAAAUGUUACAGAUCCGGAGCCGAUAAAAAAAUUGAAGGAUCUUGUAACUGGGAGUCAUUGGAGAAAAUGUUGUUUCUCUGGCGAUGGUGAAUACAUUUGCGCUGGUUCAAUGAAACAACAUUCUAUUUAUUUAUGGGAACGUGCUAGUGGAACUUUAGUAAAAAUUUUACAUGGUCAAAAAGGUGAAACAUUAUUAGAUGUUGUUUGGCAUCCUUUACGACCAAUUAUUGUUUCUAUAUCGAAUUCAGUGACUAAAGAACAAGUAUCUAUAUGGGCCCAAACACAAGUGCAAAACUGGUCAGCUUUCGCUCCAGACUUUAAAGAGCUCGAUGAAAAUGUGGAAUAUGAAGAAAGAGAAUCGGAAUUCGAUGUUGAAGAUGAAGAUAAAAUGAUUGAAGAGAACAAAAACUCAAUCUCUUUGAAAUCACUGCAUACAAAAUGUUGUGAGUUGUCCUAUUGUUUUUACUUCCCCCCCCGCUCUAUCUAAUAUAUACAAUAAUGCUUUAUGCACUUUCCUACUCUUUAAGCAUUACUAUUGUUUCUAACUUAUUCACCUGUCUAACAUAAAGACUACAUAAUCACAUUACAGUUUUCCUUGGUUUUUUCGUUGUUGCUAUUGGUGUUUUAUUUUUAUUCAUUUGAAGUGAGAAUUUAAUAAAAACAAAAACUGAAUAGUUUUAUUUCUUGAUCACUUCCAUGAUCGAUCCAGCGAGAAGGUUUCAGUCUAUAACUUAGUUUAGAUUUUUCUUAAUCCUAUUUAGUGAUUGUUUUAAAGUUGAUUAACCUUUUUUUUUAUUUAGUUUUCUUGUGAAAUGACAAUCUUUAGAAAACUUUGUCAAGUAUAAGUUUAUCUAUUCAGUUUUAGGUCUGUAACAGUUUCAAAAUAUGAGAAAGUAGGUUUGACCUAGUGGUUUAACUGUUACACCACCUUUCCUUAUUAUGUAUUGUAAAGAUUUCUAUUUCUUUCAUGUUAAUACUUAGAAGCGAAUUCGAUUAAUCGCUUUUAUUUGAUCUCCAACGGAUACAUCGUAGUAGAUUACAUCUAUACUGGAGAUUAGAAAUAAAUCAGUCAGUAACAAUGUAGAACUUCGUGUGUACAUACAUCAGUUCCAGUUGCUAUACCAUAUUAGCACAGAGAUGCAAUUGUUGAUUUAAAUCCCAUAGUGGUAGAGGUAGCAAAAGUAUAAGCAGUAAUUGGAAAGAUUAAGGUUUGGAGAUGUUAUUCAAGGAGUAUAAUCUAGUGAAAUAACUCUGGAAGGAGAAAAGAAAGGGACAUGAAGAAUUUGGGAGAACACAAAGAGUGUAUGCACCUGUGCCAUUGCAAACGAUUUUGAGCCAUGUUAUUCAAGGUCUCUAACCAUCGGUUGCUAUCAUCUCGCGGUCCCCAACCGGGUAGUCUACAUCUGCCAACAUGGCUUAGUCCACCUUUCAGUGACUUCAUGGAUUUGUGCCACGUUCUGGUCCGGUCGCCCCUAGCUUUCUUCCAACCUACUCCUACACCAUAAAACAUCGCUCAUCGGAGCAGUCGGUGGUUUGGCAUACGUAACACAUGUCCCAGCCAUCUCAACUGAUGAAGUUUCACUAUUUCAUCAACUGACUUGCCAUCUUUAAUUAGAUCAGAAACGAAAUAAAAGAUGCGGACUUCAUUGUAUUUGACAUUAAUUAGAUGUAGGUAUCUAAUGUACUUAUCAUUUCAAACUCUAAAGGUCACUGAGUCAUGAUGAUUUUUGAAUAUAUUUGUGCUAUUGGUUUGCAUUAUUUACUAAUCUCUUAACUCCAUAACACUAUUUCUUAUCCACUUUAAAACAAUUUUGUGCAACUUAUUUUAACUUCUCAAUUGUCACACUUUAUAAAGAGAUAAGUUUCCUAACUUUUAGUAUUUUAACGUAUUGUGUUAUUUUCUUUUGUGUGUGUGUGUGUGACUUGUUUUUUUUGACAAUCAAUGUGUUGAACACAAAAUAAAUUGUAAUGCAUAAGGUGCAUUCCAUGGUUUAAUUAAUGUCAAUUUACAAAUAAAUUAGGUGUGACUAUAAUUUAUGGACGGAUCAAUCAGAUUUACGAUAAUAGGUCUUGGAUUUUGGCGCGAAAUUCACCCACACAUUUGGUCAAAUAGCGUCUUGGCAUUAUAGCUGAUGUCAAUUCGUAAUGAAAACCCUGAAUGUGAUUCCUAACCCUAACUAUCAUCUGUAAAUCAUAAUCCUUAUUCUUCAAACUGUUUUAUAACCCUCAUUUAGCCCUAGUAAGUAGGUAGACACUCUCAAGGUCACUUUAGCGUCGCUCAUAAGUCGUCCAUAAAUGAUAUAAGUCAAUAAAAGUAUUUUAAUAAAUCUAGCUAAAAAAAAGAAAUUAGUGAUCAACCGACAAUUUGAGUGAAGCCUUUUUUAUUUUUACCUUAGAAUAAAGAUAUUUUCGUUUAUACUAUUACGAUAUGUUCUGAAACAAUGAAAAUGUAAAACUUCAGUAUUGAAGGUCUAAGAUACUGACUAUCUAGUCGAAUUUCAAACAUCUACUUCUUCACAAGUUUUCUUCUAGAAUUAAUCAAAACACUAUCGUUUCUUUGAUGCUAUAGUUUACUCAAAUCAACUUGAAGCUAUUAUAGAGGUAACUGCCGAUUCCAAGCCUGGAUAGAGGAGUUUUAUGCAUAGGAUUAACAACUUUAUCCAAUGAAAAGGCUUUUUUUUAAAUAAGAAAAACAUGUAAAGUUCCGAUUCAGAACGAGAAUCGAGUGGAGAUAAUGUAUAUAUUCCGAAAUACCCAACACACUAAAAUAUACAGUGAAGGACACACAAAAGGGUGUGUAUGAAAUUUAUCAGAAAAGCUUUUAGUGAGCUCUCUUUACGAACAAUUAAUACUGAUUGGUUGAAAAUGAACCAAUUAGUGUAUCCUACUUUGAGCUUAGGUUCAACCUGCGUUGUUAGUAUUCUAUCGCACUGACACUAAUGACAGACUAUCAGUGUUCUUGAAGAUCUAGUAACUUUCAAAAACGGUGACAAAUUUGUAUUAA